AUGGCGACGCUGCAGGGCGGGCUGCUGGGGCCGGACCCCGGCGCGCUGAGCCCCGCGCAGCUGGAGCAGCUGCGAAACUUCAAGAUCCAGACCCGGAUCGCCAACGAAAGGUACCUGAGGACGCGCCAGGAGGUGGAGCUGCUCCUCAGUGGCUUCUUCAGAGAAAUGUUUCUGAAAAGACCAGACAACAUCCUAGAGUUUGCGGCAGACUAUUUCACGGAUCCAGGACUUCCCAACAAGAUUCACAUGCAGCUAAUUGAAGACAAGAAAGCGGCUUAAUUGGCAAAAUCACACGAUGCUCAGCUGCUGGGAGACACCAGAGGGAGGCAGCCUUGGGGGUCCGCUGGAAUUACAAGAGCCCUGUUGCCAUCAGUGCGGGUCUCCCAGCUGCCUUGGGCGCUCUCUGCUGUCGCAAAGGCUUUUAA